ACGGGGCGUGUUUCCGGCCAGCUCAGCAGCCGCCUUCCGCUCGGCCGCGACGAGAGCCGGUAGGAGCGGAGAGGCCGCGGUGCGCCCCGCGAACAGCAGAGCCCCGCCCGGGAGCGCGGAGACGGCUGCGAAGAGGAAGGGGAAGAAGCCGGAGAAGCGCCGCCGCCAUGCUAAGCGUGUUCCGCUCCAUCCCCACGCAGAUGGACUACAAGGGCCAAAAAUUAGCAGAACAGAUUUUUCAAGGAAUCAUUCUUGUCUCUGCAGUAAUUGGUUUCAUCUAUGGAUACAUCACUGAGCAGUUUGGAUGGACUGUCUACAUAGUUAUGGCUGGAUUUGCUUUAUCAUGUUUGCUGACGCUCCCUCCGUGGCCCAUGUACCGCCGCAAUCCCCUCAAGUGGCUGCCUGUGCAGGAGUCGGGCACGGAAGAGAAGAAGGCAGCAGACAGGAAGCCAAAGAGACAUUCUAAAAGCUAAAUAUUACAGUUUCCAGGCUGUUAGUUUGUUAAAUUUUGUUAAAUUAAUUUCCAUGGAGAAAUACUUCCUGGCUUAGUGUUUGGGUUUUUUCCUAGUACUUUGUAUAUUACUAUGAGUACAACCAAGCUCUGCAGGGAGCAUGACGGCUGGAAAUUGGGUCUGGAGUUUCAGGGGACUCACUGGGAACACAGGAAUGGGGGGGGAUUAACUUUAGAAGGCUACUACUGGAGGUCACAUCUUGAGUAUUUCACUGAAAAGGAACACAGUGAAUCAAAUGAAUUCUAGUUAAGCUGAUGCCAUAGCCUGAAAGAUUAAUAAACAGCUGAACUUGUA